AUGAUGCAUAAAGUGAGAUUUUCAAUGAAUUUAUUGAGGAUUUCAGCAAAGAAUCACCUACUCAAAAUGCAGCUGAUAUUUCUUCUGUUAAUUGACCUGAUAAAUCUACAAACUCCAACUGCGGAAUGGAUGCUAGACACAUCUGGAUCUUAUGCAGCUACAUCUGUAGCAAACACUUACAAUGGAGGAGCACCAUCAAUUUUUUAUGAUCAGGGUACUCUAGGUGUAGGGGCAACUUCAAGAUUCGUAAAUAAUGGAAUCUAUUUUGAGGGAUUUAAUUUUGCAUGCUCACAUCCACCACAUGGCAAUGUAAUCCGCACUGAUGUCUCUUUUUCUAGAGGAAGUGGAAAUAUGAAUGAGAGAUGGUGUGUAGGCUUUGAUAAUGGUGGAUUGGAAGUUAGAAUGAAUUACAAUAACUACAAUAACGGAAAUAAUAUUCAAACGAAUGACUUAACAGGCUGCUAAUUAGCUUAAGGAUGGAAUCAUAUUACUGUGACUUUCACUAGAUAAACUUGUGGUUUUUUUAGCAGCUGUACCGCAAUUGCUUGUUAUGCAUAAACUGAUGCAGGAGGUGUUACUACUGACACAGCCAGUUUUAAUGACUAAAUAAAUGAUGAUCCAGGUAAUGCUGCUAUCUUGUGUGCUGGUGGCACAUCAGCUAGCGGAUUCUUUGGAGGAUCUGGUGCUUAAGAUAACUUUGUCGGAAUGAUUAAUCAGAUAUAAAUUUAUUCUGGGACUGUCUUGACAGCAGCGUAAGCUGCUGCUUAAUACUCAACUAAUUGCUAAAGCUAUUGCAGAAUAUGUCAACCUACUGGAACUGCUCCGUAUUAAUGUAUUUAAUAAUAAAGCGGUACUUUCUAAAAAUACGACUUCAUUCUCCCUACCUACCCAGUUUCUUUUAUACAUCCAGAUGUUAGUGGUCAAGCUAGAAAUCUUGCUGUAAACACAAACUUUGCCUUUACCCCUGCCUAUGCUCACAAUUAAGGACUAUUUUUCGAUACCACUUUUGCUGCUUAAAACUAGUAUCUAUAUUCAACUGGAUCAACUAGACUAUUGACCCCUUAGAAUUCAUUUACUGUCGAAAUGUGGAUUAGACCAACAGCUACUCCCACAAGUGCAAUGAAUCUUUUUGAAAGAGAGACUUCCACGAAUGUUGAUUUCUUUUAAUUCAGAUUCGCAAGCGCUACAUCAAUGUAAUUAACAAUGAGUGGUCAGAGUACAUCAUUCAAUAUUGGUACAGUCACAUUAAAUGAGUGGAAUUAUGUAGCACUUCAUGUCGUUGGUGUUGAAUAAGCUGAAUCUUAAAUUUGUUUAAAGUUCAAUAGUGUAGCAAUGACUUGCAGCAACAUUAAUUCAGUCUUAGCUGAAACAGGAACAGCUCUUACUCAAAUAGGUGAUGGCUUCAGAGGAUAUAUCAGGAAUUUAUAUAUGCAUGACUAUGCAAUUGAGGAAUUAGAUCUCAAUAGAAGGCUAAAAACCUCAGGCUGCACUAAUAAUGUUAAUAGUUAAUCAUGUAAUCGAUGUCCAGCUGAAACAGGAUAAUGUAUUAGCAAUUGCAAUUCAAAUCAAUAUGUGAAUUCUACAACCAAUGGGUGCACCGAUUGCUAUGCAAGCUGCAGAACUUGUUGGGCAGCUUACUAUGACAAUUGCUAUUCUUGUAUUAAGUCUCCAGGUACAUGGACUUUUGACUAUAUCAAGAAAUGCUCUUCUAAUUGCGGAGAUGGAAUAAAAGAUGAUUAUGAAUUAUGCGAUGAUGGCAACACAAAAAGCAGUGAUGGAUGUUCCUCGACAUGCUCUCCAGAAACUGGUUUUACUUGCUUUGGUGGUAGUUUUAGUACUGCAGAUACUUGCAGGCCUGGUUGUGGAAAUGGAGUAAAAAGCUCAAGCGAGGGCUGUGAUGACGGAAACAAUGUUAGUAAUGAUGGAUGCGAUGCAGUUUGCAAUAUCGAGACAGGAUUCACAUGUACCACUGGAAGUCCAUCUGUAUGCACUACUACUUGUGGUGAUGGUAGAAGAGUAGGCAGUGAAUAAUGUGAUGACGGAAACGUUGUUAAUAAUGAUGGAUGUAGUUCAACUUGCACAAUUAAUACUGGGUACAAUUGCACAGGAGGUAAUGUUAUCUUUAAGGAUACCUGUUAAGAAAUCUGUGGAGAUGGAAAGGAUUAUUUAAAAUACGGUUGUGAGGAUGGAAAUACUGUUAAUAACGAUGGAUGUGAUUAAAAUUGCAGAGUAGAGGUAGGCUUUACCUGCACAGGUGGUUCAAGUGCUGUCAAAGAUACUUGUACAGAAAUAUGCGGUGAUGGAAGAAAUUUCAAGUUAGUAGCGAAUCAGUGUGACGAUGGAAACGUUGCUAGUGGUGAUGGAUGCUCAUCAACUUGUUUAGUAGAAGCUGGGUUUUAUUGUGUAGGAGGAAGUAAAUAUACAAAAGAUAAAUGUCAAGAAACUUGUGGAGAUGGAAAAAAUUAUGGAACUAAAGCUUGUGAUGAUGGAAAUCUAGUAAAUGGUGAUGGCUGUCACUCUGAUUGUACAAUAGAAAUAGGAUAUUCAUGUUCUGGUGGCACAACUACUACCGCAGAUACAUGUUCUGAAGUCUGCGGAGAUGGUAGAAACUUUGGAGUAUAUGCUUGUGAUGAUGGCAAUAAUGAGAACGGUGAUGGUUGUGAUGCAUCAUGUGUAGUUGAAUCUGGAUUUUUAUGUUCUGCAGGAGAUCCCUACACAAAGAGUGUUUGUGCUUAAUAUUGUAAUGGAAAAAGAACAUUUGAUGAAAUGUGCGAUGACGGUAAUGUAUUAACAGGAGAUGGCUGCGAUGAAUGUUGUCACAGAGAAGUUGGAUUUACAUGUACAGGUGGAACCCCAACAACACAAGAUGUCUGCUUGGAGGCAUGUGGCGAUGGAAGAAAAAUGAAUUACCUAGAAUGUGAUGAUGGAAAUCAAGUGAGUGGUGAUGGCUGCUCAAAUACAUGCACAGUAGAAGCAGGUUGGAAGUGUGGAGGCGGCACAAUAUUUACUCCUGACAUCUGUACUGAAAUAUGUGGGGACGGCAAAAAUCUUGGUCAAUUUGAAUGUGAUGAUGGAAAUGUAGGAGCAAACGAUGGGUGUUCCUCAUCAUGUUAUGUUGAGAAAGGAUUUAAAUGCAGUGGAGGGAAUGCAACAAAAGCAGAUACUUGCUAUGAAGUCUGUGGGGAUGGCAAGAAUAUGAGAACUUUUCUAUUUGAAUGUGAUGAUGGAAAUACUGUGAGUGGAGAUGGAUGUGCUAAGAAUUGCACUGUAGAAUCAGGCUUCGAGUGUACCUAAGGGAAUUAUUAUUCUCCAGAUUUGUGUUUUGAAAUUUGCGGUGAUGGACUUAACUAUGGUCAGUUUGAAUGUGAUGAUGGUAAUAACUAGGAUAAAGAUGGCUGUACAGCUUACUGUUCCGUUGAAGAUGGGUAUAAAUGUGCUGGAGGAAGUAAAACCUCUGCUGAUUCUUGUAUUGCUCUAUCAAAUCCAUCCAUUACUUCAGCAUAUUUCUAGAGAGGGAACAAAGUUAUUACUCUCAUUUUUAAUGAGACAAUUUAUAUGGUUUCUACUUGGAACCUUACCAAUGCUUGGACUCUAGAAAUGAGCGGACCUUUUGGUAGAAAUAACUACUAGUUCUGGUGGAAUGUAACAAGAUCAGGUAAUUAUAAGAAUCCCCUUUUCUAAGGAACCAAAGAAAUUCAAAUAGAUUUCGAUUGCCAAACUUAGCUAUUCGGAAACAAAGUUGACAGAGUAGUAAUAAACUUCAACGAUAAGCAAUAUAUCAAAAGUUUCUCAUAGAAAACACAGAUGAUAAACAGUUCAGCUAUCGUCUAUCCCUAUGGACAGGAUGAUACUUCUGCAGCUGGAAAAACAUCUGGCUUCCCUUAACUUGUGGACACACUCACAUACUCACUUAUUUACGCUUCAUUUGCAGUCGGAUUUGUGGGUGCUUCUUUUGGCUAUAGCAUGAUGGAUGUAUGGAUAAUGAUGAAUUCACUUUAGUAGAUAUAUCUAUUCCCAAGUGCAAACCUCUAUGUUCCUUCAUCUUUAACAGACUAUGUCAAGAACUUAAAUGCUGCAAUGCCUUAAAGCGAAAUGAUCGGUUACCUAUGCUUCGGUGGAGCUACAAAUCACACUCUCUUGGCAGAAACUAAUCCACCAGCUACUUAUACAUUUGAGAAAAUGGGAUAUGCAUCAACUGCAUUUUUAGAAACCGGAGCUGAUGUUCUAUCAAUAUUCGUCUAUUUCUUUGUCUUCAGCAUGAUUACUGAAAUCAUUAGAAUGGGAUUUGAAGAAAACAGAUCUCUCAAUAAUUCUCUUGAACGCCUUAAAUCAUCCAUGCUUCCAGGAUAUAUGUCAUAUGCUUUCAUGAAGCUUGCAUUUUCAUCUCACUUGAAUCUAGCAAAUCUAAACUUUGAAGACUCAUAAUCAACAGUGUCUUCACUUUUGGCAAUGAUGGUUGGAGUUGGAUGCUGGACAUACAUUAUUUUCAUAGGAUAUCAGGCAGUUUAAUUCUUCAGAGAUGUUAAAAGAAUGAAAACAUCCAAUCCUGAACUUAAAGAUGAGGAAAUAAGGGAUAGAUCCUAUCAAAGAGGAAAUGUAUAUUUCUAAGAAUAUGAUAUGGGAGGCAACUUCCCAGUAACAUUGUUCUAUCCUUGUUUUAUGAUGUUUAAAUAACUCAUUUUGGCAAUACUGAUUGUUCAAAAUAACACUGAAUAGUAGUUAACUGGAUUUAUGAUUUUAAAUUUGAUGAACAUGACUGCAGUGCUUUUGAUAUUUCCAUUUCAUACUAAGCUUUUGAAUGCCUAAUUAAUUUUUAAUGAGAUGGCAGUGUUCUUGGUGUAUAUGCAAGCACACAUAUUCAUUCCAAAAACAUCAUUAGUAAUGAGCGAAUAGAAAUCUUAUGCUAGGCUUUUGAUCAUGAUGAUUCUACUUAUUGUCGGAGUAAAUGCUUGUUUUGUGAUAUUUUCGAAAGUAACUCAAAUUGUAAAAUGCAAGUCAGUUGCUAGAAACAAGCCAAAUGAAAUACCUGAAAAUGUAAAAAAACCAAUAAAAGCUGAAAAUUCUAAAGCUAAACAACCACCGUAAUCUGCAAGAAAUCUAUUAUAACCUCCAACAUCUUAAUAAACACUCCCUAGGACGGCACCUUAAACUAGAGAUGGUCCGAAUAGUGCUGUAAAUAAAGCUGGACCUUAAGUGAUAAAAAGUGGUAAGACUGAACCAGCUGUCCCUAUAGCUCAGAUGAAGAAACCUGCUCCUACUUAGAACCCAAAUAAUACUAGAAAUAAUGCUAAUGCUAGUGAGUAUUAUGAUGAAAGUGCAAGUUACUAUGAGAGUGGAGCUGAUUAGUCUUUUAGAUCUACAGAUCGUCCUGCAAGGAGAUGA